UAUUAUUCGCUCCAUGCCUUCCAUUUCCAUCACUCCAUUCCAUCGCUUUACUAUUAUAGACAAUUAAUUGCUGGCUUCAUUUUUAGAGAGAAACUGCAUAAAACACCGUGUGCAGUCAUCGUAAAGAAUUCAUAAGUAAAAGUUCCAUCACCACGCUGCUUCUGGGCAAACUCCAGUCACAAUAAUAAUAAUAAAUACUCCACGUCUGUCUAACCAGUUCUAGUAUUUACCAAGUCGUUCGACCUUGAAAGACAUUGGCCUUCGCUUUUGGCUGCAUCAUCUUCAUCAAGCACGAUUUCUUAUAAAGUUCUCUGAUCCUCUGUGAAUAUGGAAUAACAAAAGCAACAAAAAAUCCGGCUCAUUUUUAAAAGUCUUGAUCGCUUAAAGGAGCGUUUCAUUCAAUCCCAAUAGAUCCUCAGUCUCGUGACACCACAUUUUAUUAAUAGAAAAACCCAUUAGAGGAGAGGAUUUACUGAAUUAGGUUGCAUAUUAGUGUGGACGAUAAUAACGUGUUGUUCACCAACCAAUUCGCAUAGAAUCUUUCCCCUCAUCUCCUCAAAUCAUAUCAUCAUCAUCAUAAUAAUAAAAUUUGUGAUUGCGUUGAAUGUGUUUUUGGAGCUCAAAUCUAUUCAGCUGCGGGGACGAGUUUCAGUUGUAAGUACAAAAAGUAUGGUGUAUUGUACAAUUUGAUUUAUAAGGUUAAAAAAAGACUAUUUUACAUUGCAAAUUGGGAAAAUUUUUGAGUGAAAGUUUUUACUAUGAAGAGAGAAUGACAAAUUCGGAAGAGGUCCACCUUCGCAGCCGGGAAAAAUCAAGUGGAAGUUCGGGAUUUGGUGCUUCUUCAAAUGGUGAAAGUUCCUCAAAAUUGAAUACUAAGGAUAAAAUGAAGAGGGUGCCGGGAGGAGGUCGUCCCAGGAACAGGAAGGUCGUAAUUGGUGGUCUUUUAGUCCUCGCCCUGUUGGCCUGGAUGUUUCUGUUCAACGGGUCCAGCACCCCGAUGCACUCGGUCGGAUGGUUGGAUGAGAACGUGUACCUUCGAUUCGGACUUAACAAAGAGGUUUAUGCAGUCGUACUGGAUGCAGGGUCGACGGGGACAAGAGUGCUUGCAUUCGCAUUUCAUCAGUCCGUGCAUGACAAUAAUUUGAAGCUGAAGGAUGAACUAUUUCACGAGGUUAAACCAGGUCUAUCCUCAUACUCGGAUGAUCCACAAGCAGGUGCUGACAGUGUGAAGCAGUUAUUAUCCAGAGCAAAAAUAUUCAUUCCUCAGGAACAUUGGGCUAAAACUCCAGUUUCCCUGAAGGCGACGGCAGGACUUCGUUUACUUCCAAAAGCAAAGGCUGACGCAAUUUUAGAAGCGGUGUCAAAUGUGAUCAAAAGUAUUGGAUUCCAUGCAACAGAGGAUUCAGUGGGAAUCAUGGAUGGUGUCGACGAAGGUAUCUUCUCGUGGUUUACGGUCAACUUUUUAUUGGAUCGGAUAGGAGGACCAGUUUCAAAAACUGUCGCAGCGUUGGACUUGGGUGGUGGUAGCACCCAAAUAACUGUUGCUUCCUCUCCAGGUACAAUUGAAUUCCUUCCCUCAGAAGACAUUCAAAACAUUAGCCUCUUUCAUCAACAAGUGCCAUUAUAUACACACAGCUACUUGGGCCUUGGCCUUCAAGCUGUUCGAAAAGCGGUAUUAUCUGCAAAUCAGACAAAUCCAGAAUCAACUGUAUUGGAAAGCGUUUGUGUAAACCCUGUGGUUUCAAGGGAAUGGACUUAUGGAGGCGUCACUUACACGAUGAAGGGUGUCCAAACUGGAAAAUUUGAAAAAGUUCAGUAUAAUGGUUUUGCUCGCAAAGAAGCAGUCGCGGACUGGGAUGAAUGUUACAAAGUGAUUGUCAAGAUUAUUGAAGAAAAAGGCGUUAUCAAACCAAAAGACUUAAAUCGGCAAAUCGUUGUUAUUUCGUAUUUCUUUGAAAGAGCGGCAGAAGCAGGUUUAGUCGACCCACUGGAAGGUGGGAAGCUUACCUUACAGCAUUACUUGGAUGCAGGGAAACUUGCUUGUCGAACUGUGAAUGCGGACCUACCACUUGCCUGCUUGGACUUGACUUUUAUGGGCGCAAUACUUCAUAAUGGAUACGGACUAGCAAAAUCUACGCCACUUUUAGUACUAAAAAAAUUACAUGGGCACGAAUUAAGUUGGGCGCUAGGUGCGGCGUACCACAUUCUUCAAAAUGGAGGGUAAUAAUUAAUAAUCAUAAAUAAUAGUCAAUUACAGUCCAACACACAUACACAACAUAACUUGCGUCCAGUUUAAAUUUUUGUGUGAAUCCUAUUCCUCUAAAUAUCUAAAUGUAGCCAUUUGUCUGGUCCCCACAUUGUGAAAAGUAUAUAACCGAUAGACUAUAACAGACUAUAUCAACUUAUGAUAUGAUCUGCAUUGCAUGAUGAUAAGUAUAGACUAUAGCAAAAGGCAAGACUGUGAUAUUCUUGCACAUUUUGAUAAUAUUUCUCUCGCGUUUGCAAGAAAUAUGUAAAAUUCAUUCCCCAUUUAUUACUAUAAUAAUAAUGCCUUGUCGUCGAGUUUAUUGCUCCAAAACCAUGCAUCUGGUUCCUCUCUUUGUACUGAUUUAUGCUAAUAAUAACGUUUCAGCGUUAAUUUUAUUUUUGGACUUGUAGACAAUUAAAUACGUCGUAAUCAAUAAAUAAACUUCGCUCAAUUGCAUUUUAAAAA